AUGCCAAGAAAUCGUCUACUGAGGGGAACAUCAGCCCAUCCUAGAGACACAGGGAGUUUCACGCCAUACCUGGAGGAUUUUGCUAAAUUGAUUCAAGUCUCCGAAAGUGUGAUUAAGUCCGCUGAAAUUCAGACACUUUAUACAGAAUUCGUGAAUAUGAGAACAGAUAAUUCGUUAUCAAAUGGCAUAAAAGAGCAGUUAAAGUCUGGAUUUCCACGAUCAUUCCGAAAAGUAGCCAUAGUUAAUAAAUGGAAAGAAUCAACGAAACCACGGGGUUACUUUAUACGGGUAAAGCGAUACUCACGUCAUAGUUUUCAUUCUGUCGAAUACGACCAUAUAAACCGACCGGCUACAUCCUUAAUACACAGACUUUCAAUUGAUUCACAGAAAGGACGAGGGGUGUUUGCCUCAGUCAACAUUGCAAAGGGUACAAAAAUAACAGAAUACAUGGGUGAAUGGAUUACUGAAGAAAGUCAUCGCCAGAGAGAUAGUAUAUAUGCAAGACAAGGUUUGCCACCUGUAGCCAUUUCCAACUCUAACAAGCAUACAGUUUUAGAUGGAAAUAGAAGUAAAAACGGGAGACUUUUUAACGCUGAUGAGAAUAUUGGACGUUUUGUUAAUCAUUCCUAUAGAUUUCCGAACUGUAAACUAUUAGCCGAACAUCACGGAAAUAAUAUACAGCUAUAUAUCGUUUCAAAAUUUUCAAUUCCAAAAGGUUGUGAAUGCGUUUGGGAUUAUAACGAACGUAGACUUGAUGUCCUCGCAGAUAAUAGAUGGUUAGCCUCUUAG